AUGUGGUCGUCGGUGAUUCCGCUUCUGGUCGUCCUCUGGUCGACGGUGUCAUCACAGCCGAAUUUUCUCACCAAUCAGGACUUCAUCAAUGCCGCUCGAAUACCGACGACCGGCCCUCGAAUGAGGCCUCUUUUCAACGAUCAGCGAUUUUCACUAAAGCUUGAGAAGCCCACUGGCAUGUUAAAUGCUGGGGAAGCAGGACUUUCCAUAGAAAUCGAAGCCGCCGAACAUCAACGUGCAGUGAUCGCUCGCGCCAUCGCCAGCUAUCAGGCGAAAACGUGCAUACGCUUCGUUCCAAAGACGCCAAUGGAUUUCGAUUAUAUUGUGAUCUCUAAGCUUGAUGGAUGUUAUGCGGAUUUCGCCCGUGUUGGUGGCCCUCAGCAAGUGUCGUUGGCAGAUGAAUGCAUCAAUUACCCAACAAUCAUACACGAAUUAAUGCACGUCAUCGGUUUCAUCCACGAGCAUCAACGUGAGGAUCGUGAUAGCUAUGUGGAAAUUCUCUAUCAGAAUAUCAUUCCAGGAGCCAGUAUGGACUUCGAUAAACUGUCAAUGCUAGAUUUAUCAUACUAUGGUGAAGAUUAUGAUUAUUUGUCAAUCAUGCACUAUGAGAGAGAUGAAGGCAGUAAGAAUGGACAAGACACAAUCGAGCCCAAGGUUUUACGAAGCUUUUUUCAUUAUCUAGGCUUUUUUUCACGUAUGGAAAACAAUGCAGUGAUUGGAAACUCAUCAGGUUUCAGAACCGGUAGUGCCGAGGAAGUUUUGGGAGAUGACCAACGAAGAUCUUAA